AAUAGAAUUGGAAGUUUAGGAAAGAGGAGUGCUAUAUUUUUUUAUUUUCUACUACAUUACAGGUAAAUUGGAUUUGCAAGAGAAUUUAUAAUUUAACUUGUGUCAGCCUUAUAUCGAAGGGAUCCGAUGUAAAAGUCGGAAAAGAGGGUUGGAACACGUUGGUGUUCGGUAGGGUUGUCGUGGAUGCGCAUUGGACGUCGAAGGAGUCUAUCGUGUAUCAGCUAACGUUCCUGGAUCACAUCGUCAGUAUGCGGUCGCGCAUUCCAUGCGGAAGCACCUGUUUGUUCUUUCGGCUUCUACAUCGGCUUUUUAAUCUCAAAUCACGUCGAAUACUUCUCACCGUGUUUACUUAUAAUUUAAUACAAUCACUAAAUAUUUAAAAAUCAGCAACAGAAGAAAAAAUCAUAGACAAUAUUUAUAUUCAAAAUUCUUGAAUUAAGAUCGAAGAACAAUCGAAAAGAAAAGAGAGGGUGAGAGAAAAAGAAAAGCACCAAAAUAUUUCGAUCAAAAGAUCCUUAAAUAUUAUUAAAUGCUUAAAAGGAAGAUUAGAGAAUUAACAGAAUAGUUCUGAAAAUUAUCGAUUGUGAUCAAAGGAGAGAAAGAAUUGUUAGAUACAAUCGGUGCAACCGAAUAACGAACAAAAUACAGGGACAAAGUAUCGUUGAGCGGGAAAAGGAAGCGAAAACCGAAAGAAAGAGCGAAGGGGACGAGGAUAGUUUUAACCACGAGAGAGGAACGUCCUCGUGACUUCAACCACGUGUCUCUCGUGGUCCUCGUUUAAACACGCCAUGUCACCGCGUAAUGGCUCGUGCGUGGCGGAAGUAAGCUCGGUGAGGAGUCUCUCGUCGGACGAUGUCUCGGCGACGAAGACGAACCGAAAGAAGUCCUGCUGGGCACGUGCCACGGAUCCGGCUCAUCGCCGUGGACGACGAAUUCAACUGCUACAAAUGCUGGUGCUACCAUUCAUACCGAUCCUAGCGUUGAUCGUUCAGACAGCUAACACUCUCCAUGACAUUCUGAUCUAUCGGCAGGAGGUUUCUGACAUUGAAACGCAGGUAACAAUCGCCACAGACUUAGGGAAGGUUGUCACGCGAAUGCAGCUCGAAAGAUCUGAGGUUGCAUUCUUUAUUUACACUAAUGGCAGCACUCUAAGGUCGAACUUGACGCAGAGGUUCGCCAUAACCGAUCAGGCUCUUCAUAACAUGACUACGUGGCCCCUGGUCUCGGUACCGAGGGAUGAGAGCAAGACGCAAACCUAUGACGUGGUCAGCAAAGAGGCCUUCCAAGCACGCCUCGAGGAUUUCAGGCAGAAGAUAAGUUCAGAAGAGAGCAGCAUUACCGAAGUGAUGGCGUGGUAUACGAGCGUGAACGCGGCGAUGUUAGACCAUCUGACUAAUCAGAUCAAAGAGACGGAUAAUAGUGGAGUUUGGAGGUAUCUGAUUGCUUUUAAAAAUUUGCUGAGGAGUAUUGAGAGCUUGGGUAUUUCUUCCGUGUACGGAAUCAAUUACUUUGGACGUGGAACCCUUGUGGGGGACAAUUACGUCAGCUACGUUCGCCACGAUAUUCUUGGACGUGAUCUCCUCUCUGGAUCUCUCACAUACGUGCCUUCUCUUAAACAUUUUUACGCAGAACUCACCAACUCGAUGUCAGACUAUGGGAGAAUUAAAUCUAGACGAGAUGAAAUCCUCCAGAACCAGAAGAGGAAACCGAGUGUUGAUGAUGCUAUCGCUUAUUUCGACUCAAUGGCUACUUAUGUGGAUGAGCUGCGUAAACUUCAACGAGAAUUACGUCACAUGAUCCGGAAUUAUGUGAAUUCAACUUUACAAGAUGCGAGUAACAAAGAAGUUGCUGGGAUAGCUAUAGUCGUGCUAGUGUUGGUCGUUUCUCCUAUCAUUAUAAUACUAGUACGUAAUGCGGUUGCGACGAUACAAAUGUACGCAGCCAAUUUAGCGCAAAAGGCUCGGGAACUGAAGCAGGAAAAAGGGAAGAGUGACACGUUGCUUUUUCAAAUGUUGCCUCCUAGCGUCGCACAGCAAUUGAAGCAAACUCAACAGGUUCCAGCGGAAUAUUACGAAGCAGUAACCGUAUACUUCAGCGAUAUUGUUGGGUUCACAGAAAUAGCUGCGGAGAAUACUCCUUUAGAGGUUGUCACCUUUCUAAAUUCGAUCUACAAGUUAUUCGAUGCGCGUAUCGAAUGUUACGACGUAUACAAAGUUGAAACUAUUGGCGAUUCAUAUAUGGUCGCCUCUGGCUUGCCUGUUAGAAAUGGGGACAAACACGUAUCUGAAAUAGCGACAAUGGCCCUCGAUCUUCUAGCAGCUUCAUCGGUAUUUCAAGUACCAAAGCGGCCCGGUGAACGUCUUCAAAUACGAAGCGGUGUUCAUACAGGACCCGUAGUUGCUGGAAUCGUGGGAAGCAAAAUGCCCCGUUAUUGUCUCUUCGGGGAUACUGUGAAUACGGCCAGUCGUAUGGAAUCAACUGGAGAAGCGCUACGAAUACAUAUUAGCCUAGAAAUGAAGAAAGCUUUGGAUGCGGUAGGAGGUUUCAAAAUCGCACAUCGCGGUUUGGUAGAUGUCAAGGGGAAGGGAUUAAUGGAUACGUACUGGCUGGAAUGCAAAGACGGCGGAAUCGCACGGGCAGCGGAAUUAGAUCUGCCCUCGUUCUUCGAAGAUGUGCGACCAGUUUUCAUACGUCGUUUACGCGAAGAAGGUACCCUUUGA